CAUGUUGUGGGGCUGAGCCGCCGCGGGAGGCGGAGGAGCUGCAGCCCGAGCGGAGCCGCCGCUCUGGGGCAGCGCAACAGAUGGCUAAGAGCUAGCAAGGCAGAUCCGGGACCAUGAUGGCUCAGUUUCCCACGGCCAUGAACGGAGGUCCAAACAUAUGGGCCAUCACCUCCGAAGAGCGGGCCAAGCACGACAAGCAGUUUGAUAGCCUUAAACCCACGGGAGGCUACAUUACAGGUGAUCAAGCACGUACCUUUUUUUUGCAAUCAGGACUACCAGCUUCAAUCCUUGCUGAAAUAUGGACACUAUCAGACCUGAACAAGGAUGGAAAAAUGGAUCAACAGGAGUUCUCUAUAGCCAUGAAACUCAUCAAGCUGACGUUGCAAGGACAGCACUUGCCUGCAGUUCUCCCUCCUGUCAUGAAACAAGCUCCAGUAUUUUCGCCACUAAUGUCUGCUCGCUUUGGAAUGGGUAGUAUGCCAAAUCUGUCCAUGCCAACAUCUGUGUCUACGAUCACACCAUUAGCUCCCAUGUCUCUGGCUUCCAUGACUUCCAUUCCUCCUUUGGUUAUUUCUGCUCCCCUGGUGCCUUCUGUCAGUACCUCCUCGUUGCCAAAUGGAACAUCCAGCCUUCUGCAGCCUUUGUCCGUACCUUUCUCUUCAACGCUGCCUCAUACUGGUUCUUUAGGUCCUGUGGCAGGAGGGUUUGGUGGUUCUAACAUACAGAAGGCACAGUCUCUCAUUGAUUUAGGAUCUAGCAGUUCAAAUUCUUCCUCUAGUGCAUCACUAGCUGGGAAUUCACCAAAGAUUACAACCUCAGACUGGGCAGUUCCUCAGGCCUCCAGAUUAAAAUACAGACAGAAAUUUAACAGUCUUGACAAAAGUAUGAGUGGAUAUUUAUCAGGAUUUCAAGCAAGGAAUGCCCUUCUGCAAUCAAACCUUUCACAGACUCAGCUGGCUACUAUUUGGUCACUGGCUGAUAUUGAUGGAGAUGGGCAGCUGAAGGCUGAUGAGUUUGUUCUGGCCAUGCACCUCACAGACAUGGCCAAAGCUGGGCAACCACUGCCACUGACUCUGCCUCUCGAACUGGUACCACCUUCCUUCAGGAGUGGAAAAUAUACUGAAAAUAUAAAUGGAACUCUGCCACCUUACCAGCCUGUGCAAGAGGAGGAGCCACAGAAAAAACAGCCAGUGACAUUUGAGGACAAAAGGAAAGCCAACUAUGAGAGGGGAAAUAUGGAGCUGGAAAAACGCCGCCAGGUCCUGCUGGAGCAGCAACAGAGAGAGGCUGAACGCAAGGCUCAGAAAGAGAGGGAAGAACAAGAGCGAAGGGAGAGGGAACGUCAGGAACAGGAACGGAAAAGACAACUCGAAAUGGAAAGGCAGCUGGAGAGACAACGAGAGCUGGAAAGACAAAGGGAAGAAGAAAGGAGGAAAGAAAUAGAAAGGCGGGAGGCAGCAAAGCAAGAACUUGAGCGCCAGCGACGACUGGAAUGGGAGAGAAUUCGUCGCCAAGAACUUCUUAAUCAACGUAACAGGGAACAAGAAGAAAUUGUCAAGUUGACCUCUAAAAAGAAGAGCCUCAAUCUUGAAUUAGAAGCUCUGACCGACAAACAUAAGCAAAUCUCAGGCAGACUGCAAGAUAUUCGUAGCAAAAAGCAAGCUAGAAAAACUGAACUGGAGGCUUUAGAUAGGAAAUAUGACCAAGGAAUCAUGGAAGUCAAGCAACUACAACAACAGCUUGAGGAUUAUCAGAAUAAACUAAUUUAUUUGGUUCCUGAAAAGCAGUUGUUAAAUGAAAGGAUAAAAAAUGCUCAACUUGAAAACACUCAGAGUACAGGAGUCAGUUCAGUGACCAAGAAGUCCGUAGAAAAGGAAGAAUUAUGCCAAAGACUUAAGGAACAAUUAGAUGCCCUUGAGAAGGAAACUGCUUCUAAACUUGCUGAAAUGGAUGAAUUUAACAGUCAGCUUAAGUGUGAGAAUAUGGAUGAUUCUGUUCUUCAGUGCCUUUUGUCUCUGCUAAGCUGUCUCAACAACCUCUUCCUCUUACUUAAGGACCUGAGAGAAAGUUACAGCACACAGCAAUUAGCCUUGGAGCAGCUCCACAGGAUCAAACAGGACAAAAUAAGGGAGAUAGAAAAAAGAAGAACUGAACUUGUACAGCAGAAGAGACUGGAAGAUGAGGCUGCAAGGAAAGCAAAACGGGAUAAGGAGAACCGAUGGCAGGAAAAUAUUCGAAGGGAAGAGGAAGAGAAAAAGAAGCGACUGGAGGAAGAACGGAUGCAGGAAAAAGUCCAAGAAAAGCUGAAAGCUGAAGAAGCACUUGCUCAGAUGAGAGAAAGGGAAAACAAACAACAGCUUCUUGCAGAGGAGGAGAAAAGUAGACAAGCCACAAUCCUGAGGGAGACAGAACAACAAAGGCAGAGGCAACUGGAAGAAGAUAAAAGAAAGCAAGAACAAGUAGCAAAAGAAGCUGAGGAGAGGCGUAAGCAGAACGAAGAACUGAAAAAGAUAAAAGAAGCAACCAACUCUCAAGAGAUGGAGAAACACACUUCUAAAAUAAACAUAAAUGAAAAGUUUGCAGAUCUUUUGAAACCAACAGAGGGUAAAAGUCUUAAGCCACCCUGGAAAAAUGAAGGCAAUGCAGUUACUGUUGCAGAGUCCAGGAAUUCUGUUGCCUUGGUAAAUUACAGAGCGUUGUAUCCAUUUGAAGCAAGGAACCACGAUGAGAUGAGCUUUAAUACUGGGGAUGUAAUUCAGGUUGAUGAAAAAACUGUGGGAGAGCCUGGUUGGCUUUAUGGGAGUUUUCAAGGACAUUUUGGUUGGUUUCCAUGCAAUUAUGUAGAAAAAAUACCAGAAGGAGAAAAAGCUUUAUCUCCUAAGAAAGCCUUACUUCCUCCUACAGUAUCUGUAUCUACUACCUCAGCUGCUUCAGAACCACUUUCACCAAGUAAAUCUGCAGAAGAAUCUGAUUACCAAAACAUCCCCUUUUCUAGCCUGAAUGUUAACACAGCCUGGCAACAGAAAUCAGCUUUUACUCGCACUGUGUCCCCUGGAUCUGUUUCACCCGUUCAUGGGCAGGGGCAGCCUGUCGAGAACCUAAAAGCACAAGCACUUUGCUCUUGGACUGCAAAAAAAGAUAACCACUUGAAUUUUUCAAAGAAUGAUAUCAUUACUGUCCUGGAGCAGCAGGAGAACUGGUGGUUCGGAGAGGUACAUGGAGGAAGGGGUUGGUUUCCAAAGUCGUAUGUCAAGCUCUUACCUGGGAGUGAAAUCAAGAAAGAGGAACCAGAAGCUAUUUAUGCAGCUGUAAACAAAAGGCCUAAUACACAGUGUUACACAGCAGGAGAGGAGUACGUUGCCCUUUAUUCGUAUUCAAGCUCUGAACCCGGUGACUUGACUUUCACGGAAGGUGAGGAAAUCCUAGUGACCCAGAAGGAAGGGGAAUGGUGGACCGGGAGCAUUGAUAGCAGAACUGGAAUCUUCCCCUCCAAUUAUGUCAGACCAAAGGAUCCAGAAGCUUCUAGUUAUGCUGGCAAAACUGGAACAAUAAAUAAGAAACCCGAAAUUGCUCAGGUUACUACUGCCUACGUUGCAUCAGGGACUGAACAGCUCAGUCUUGCUCCAGGACAGCUAAUACUUAUCCUGAAGAAAAAUGCCAGUGGAUGGUGGCAAGGAGAGUUGCAGGCAAGAGGGAAAAAGAGACAGAAAGGAUGGUUCCCUGCCAGCCAUGUGAAGCUACUGGGUCCAAGCAGUGAAAGAACCACAUCUGCUGCUCCCUCAGUGUGUCAAGUGAUAGCCAUGUACGAUUACACGGCGAACAAUGAGGAUGAGCUCAGCUUCUCCAAGGGGCAGCUGAUUAAUGUACUGAACAAAGAUGAUGCUGACUGGUGGCAAGGAGAAAUCAGUGGUGUGACAGGUCUCUUCCCCUCAAACUAUGUGAAGAUGACCACGGAUUCCGAUCCAAGUCAGCAGUGACCCAAUGUUGUCUUCCAGUGUGAAAGCACCUCAGAGACCCACUAUCCAAGUUUGACUAGCGUGGAGGCAGGGUGGCCAGCCCUGCUCACGUGUCUGACACAAUCCUUUUGCUUCGUUUGAACAUUAGAUCCAAUCAAGAAAUUAGGUUUUUGUGGUUUUUUUUCUUCUGAUCUACAGUUUCAGUUGAUUUGUAAAAGCAGAAAGGAUAGUGGGUCUUUGUGUGGCUUUCACUGCUGUUCAUUCUUGUUUCCUUUAGUAUUUCCUUUGGUAUUGAUAACCAUAGUUAUUAGCAUGCAUAUCAAGUUAUCUUUUGCAUGGUGGGAUUGCAGACACACAAAGACCCACUAUUUGCACAGUUUAUCUGAGCUGUUUUGAAUGGGCAGUUGUGUUCUUUUAAUGUUGUAAUGUACAUAUUUUGCAGAAUUAAAAUGUUCACCGAUUAUUGUUCUAAUGGACUUGAUUUAAUCUCUUACAUAUUGAGCUUUUAAAAUUGACAGCCUACAUGGCUCAUCCAGAAACAAACCCUACCUGUCUGCUGCUGAUAGUCACUGUGAUUACAAAUAUGCUACAGAAUCUAAGGGUUAGAUCUGGUGCAGUCCAUCCAGCCUUUUAAAACCCUUUUUAACUGGGGAAAGAACUAUUAAGCAUAGAGUGGAGGAUAGUUUUAAUUUUUUUCUUCCUUCACAGUAGUACUGUGGCAGGAAUUCAGGUUGUUUUGGCUCAAUACAUUCUAUCCCUAAACAACCUCCUUCCUUUAAAUACUUUAUGCUGAUAAUUCAUAUUUGCUUUCAGUUUUGGCAAAUGUGCUAGUUGCUGCAGUAAGUACUUACACAGCCUCUGUGUGACCAGGCCCUUUCCCUGCCCCUUCAUUAAAUAGUCAAUGGUACAGAAUUGUUUGUGUCUGGCUGCACUCUGCAGUGACUCAAAGUACUGUCUGAAAGCUGCUGCUCUUCCUUCUGGUGAAUAAACCAGCAGCCUUAGUGCACAGCUAACCUCGAUACAGAGGUGUUGCCAGAAAAGAGACACUAAGUGACACUUGGAGCUGAGAGCAGAGCAUUUGGGUUUAGGAAUGGAACUGUGCUCCUCAGCCCAAAGGUGGUCCUUCACAGCCCUGGUGUGUCACCAGUAAGGUGCAGUAAUGGUGCCCAUGUCUUACUGUAAUGUUUGGAGGGAAGGAGGGACUUAUAACCUUGAUUCCCCUUUAAAUAAAAGGAUUAAUUUAAUUGCAGCCUUCUCUGAUUAAAUAGUUCUGUGCUCUUGUAGCAACAGGAGAAAUCUCAUAGACACGGCAUUUAAUGUAGUUGGUUUCCCAAACUUGGUUAUGAAACAGCAAAGGUCAUUUAUGCAAUCAGAAAUGUUUACAAAACACUGCUUGUUUACUACAGAGACAUAUAUAUAUAUACACUUAUGAAUGUUGUGAAGGUACUAUCAGGAAAAGGUUAGUCCAAUUGCAAAAAUUUAAAAGCCUUUCUCCAGAAUCUCGAUGUUAUGUAUUUAAUAUACUUGAUCAAAUAAUGUAUAUGUGCCCUUUAGUUCAGAGAUGUAUCUUCUGUGCAAUAUGGACUAAGCAAUGUGCCUACAGAAAACUACAAAUGGGUUUUUAUUCUGGAUGUAUUUUGUCUGAACCAGUAUUCUGUUAUAGAAUGAAAUUGCGUUGUUGUAGGCAAAUAAUGUGCUAGAUAAUCCUUUGACUAUUCCAGAUGACUUGAUUUCCUUAUGAAACUACAUUUCAAGUGUUUCUACUAGAAUGUGUUACUGAUCCAGGAUUGCCUUCUCUGAAUUUCUGUCUUGAAAGGCCUGUUUAAUACAGACUGAAGCGUCUUUUGCUGCACCAGUGGCAUCAAGCAAUCACUGUAGUCUGAGAAUUGGGUGACCUUCCAAAUUAUCUCAUUUCUAAAAGGCACUGUUAACCUGUGGGAUUUGAGCUGCACUGACUUCCCAAUGUUCAGUCAGUUUUCCUUGAAUGCCAGAUUGCUACUAAUGGUCUUUGAAAAACUAAAAACAUCCUCUCUGGCAUGUUUGAGGACAUAGUUAUGUGGCAUUUUCCAAAAGCAGCUGGCAUGCUACACAUUUUUUAACUGAUACAAUUGGAGAUUAGGGCACUGUUAGGUAAAGUUUCACACAGGGAGCCCUGUUGUUGGGUAUGUAGGUAUGAGCAUUGAAAAUUAUUGAAACUGCUGCCUCUAAAUUAGAACUGAAGAGUAUUAAAGUGAAGCAUCUUGUGCUUUCACAGUUACCUUUUUGUGUUUCAGUAUUAACUGAGUAUGCUCUAAAUUCUCUAACUGUAAUAACAAAGAUAAUAACAACACAUAUUAGUAAUGCUGAUUGAAAGAGACUCAGUCCCUGCCUUCAGUAUUUGUCUCUACUGCAAAAGUCUGUCUAGCACAGCUCCAGCACAAUCACCUGAGAGCUCUGCUCUCCUGCACAUUGAUGCAGAAAGGGUUGGAUACACACAUCAGGUCAUCCAUGGGAAAGACCAUGGCAAGGAUGUAUUUAUGGCAAGAUUAUUAUUAAUUAAUGUUCUGUAUCAAUGAAGAGGUGGAGCUAAUAGAAGCUUGGGUUUAAAUCAGACUUUUUCUUUCAAAAAUGCUACUUUUUUCUCUGGUUGUGUGCAAUCCACCCCUUGUUGCUAAAGGUCCACAGAGUUGAGUUCAGGUUGUCAUCCCAGCCAGCCAAGUAAAAUCACCCUGAUUUGGGUGAAAAAGGCUGGCUGUGGAACUAAGGGCAAGCUGGAAAAUAGAGUUUUUUGUUUAACUGAUAGUUCCCGGGCAAGAACUGAGAGUUUAAAUGUUGCUCAGAGCCACACAAGGUUAACAGGUAUCACUGGAGCCAACAUGGAAAGUGAAAUAUGCUGCUGCCUGCAGUGUAGUAUUUGCUUAAUGUUGUUUUCUGUGGGCUAGCAGAGAACAGGGGCCCUGGUGUCAUUGGGGUGAGAACAUGAACAGUGCUGUAAAUGCACAAGGACAGGUACCAAAACACUUCCUAAUUCUGUAACUGUCUGGUUUAUGUAAUGGACUAACAAGCUACAACAAGCCUAGUUUUACACAAGCUUAGUUCCUGAUCCAGACUUGGAUCCAUGAAGGAAGGUCUUGUGCCACUACUGGGACCCGGUCUCAGGGCUGGGCUGUGCAAGGAGUCAGUGGUGGUGAGGGCUGAGAGCAUCUAGAGCACUUUCUCCAUGUGAUUAAUGGUGCAGUCAGGAGUACAGAAGGCAUAAAGCUCCAUCAAAAAGUUACACACUAAUAACUGAAACAUCUCCUACCAGUCACUGAAUAUUUUUGCCAUCUCGAUGCUUUGUCAGAUUGUAUCCCUGUGUGAUUUCCUUGAGCCGGGUUGGAAACACCUGUAAAUAAGUCUGCUCGUAGGAAUGCGGGCAAUCCUUGGCCUGCAGUGGGAGCUGCUGCAGGGUUGUGCUACUUCAAUGUAAUGAACCAAUAAAACUGCUGUGUAAUGGUGUGUGCUGCCUUAAGAUCCCUCCUGUUGUUCUUCCCAAGCUUGAGUGUCCGUGUGCAGGGAUGGUUGUUGAGACAUGCGAAUGCAGGCUGUGCUUAGCAUGAGGCAAUUGUUCAUCCUUGGUUUUAAACGAUGUUGUAAGAUAACUAUGCAAAUGUAUUUUAUUAAAGGGACACAUAAAAGGA